ACACGCUAUAAAAUGAGCGCUGAAACAGACACAAUAUUUCAUUCUCCUCCGGACCAAAGAUGUAUCUGCAAAUCUCAGUUUUUCUUCUGUUCAGUCUUUUCACUGCAGGGCACUCUCUCAGAUGUUACGAGUGUACGAGUCUGACGGGAUCCUGUACAAAUCAAAAUGCGACAACAUGUCCAAGUGGAUCUACCAAGUGCAUGACUAUGACAACUGUGGCAGAAGUUGGUCCCAUUAAGGUGACCAGUACAUCUAAAAUGUGUUCACCUUCAUGUGACCCUGGGACCCAACAGAUCGCGAUUGGGUCAGUAACAACCCAGUGCUGUGACACUGACCUCUGCAAUGCUGCAGAUGGCAUGUACAAGGCAAGCUUCCUGCUGCUGUUGUCUCCUCUGCUCUUCUACUUCCUGGUUCAGUGAAUACACUUCAGAUUCUACAGCUGCAGAAGAAACUGAAUGAUACACAUAUUUCUAUUCAUACUUUACUGAAUGAAGUGUGCAUGAUGUUCUGCUGUUCUUUGGUAAUCAUGAUUUGGGGAAAAGAAAAUCUGUAUUUUAAUAAACAUAUUAAACAAAAUUGUGCAUCAACACUGUAACAGACAAAUAGCUAUUAAAAUUUAAAUAAUUAAUAUAUAAAGAUUUCCAAUAUCUGCAGUAGUUUUGUAGCAUGCUCAGUCAAGACUAUAUAUUUCCCCUAUAU